AUGGACGUCGAAAACCUCCUGAAUGGUAAGGCAGACCAUAAGGCGCUUCAUCGACGCUUUAUUACGGCCGUGAGGCUGGUGAAAUUGUGGAGACUGUCCUUUGGCAAACUCGAGAAUAGAACGGCGUCCUGCAUUAAAAAGCUGGCGUCUGAAACGCGACGAUUGGCAGGAUUCUGCUUGAAUGACGGCGAUCUAGCCAUCUUGGUCUUCUGUGCGAUUACAAGGAGACUUGAGACCGGUCUAGCAGGGGAUUCUUCAUCCAAAGAGAAAGAUUCCCUUGCUAGCGUCCUCCAAUCGUCAAAAUCAUAUCGUCAAAAGCAGCGCCUUAUUAGCGCACAGCAAGUAUCUACCUUUGCUGCAAUCUCCCAAGGAUCCAAAAGUCUUGGUUUUCAAGGAAAUGGUGGCUUGAAAGCCAACAUUCAGGAUAUUGCCGCGCACCCUUAUCCGACAAUGGUGGUCUAA